AUGAAGCUGUACGGGAUGAGGCGCAAGUCGGACACCCUCGCCUUCGUCAUGAAGUUCCUCGCCGUUAUGAGUGGCACCGGUGUCCCUCGUUCUUUCCGGAUGGACAACGGGGGGGAGUUCGUCGGCCGCGACUUCAUCGCCUUCUGCGACAACGCCGGCAUCCGCCGUACGUACACGGCGCCGGGCACCCCGCACAAGAAUGGCCCGGCGGAGAGUGCGAUUCUGCGCGUGAACAAGGCCGGCCACGCCGCUCGUCUCAAGGCACGCCGCCUGUUCCCCAAGAUCGACUUCACCCGCGUCACCGGCUUCGGACGCGAUGGCGAGCGACUUUGGCUAGAGUCGGACCUCAACACCAUGGUACCGGUGAAGAAUCUUGGUGACUUGAGGUGGUACUCUGGAUGUUUUGAUGAGAGGGAUUGGGAUGCAGGCACUUUGAAGAGCUCGCAGCAGACGUACGCUGAAGAGUUGGGGAUGGAGUUUGGGGUAGAGUACGGGAAGGAAAUUCCUCUUCCUGUAGGGCUGAAGCUUUCAGAGUUUGACCAGGAUGAAGCAGUGGUAUCAUGGCCUUUUCGCGAGCUGAUAGGAUCACUGAUGUGGCUGGCAAGGCAAACGAGGCCAGAUAUCGCGAAUGAAGUAAGAGCGGUAGCACGGUACUGUGUUUCUCCCAAAGAAAUUCAUUGGAGAGCAGGUCUUGGUAUUUUGGGGUAUGUGGUAUGGACUAGUGGCUUGGGGAUUACAUUCAGGAGGGGUAGUGUAGCAGGGUUGAGCAUGGAGGUGUUCGCAGACGCAGACUAUGCAAGCAAGGCUGCCGAUAGGAGGUCUGUGCCAGGAGGCUUGGUGAUGUGUGGGGAAGGAUGUAUUUCUUGGUUUUCAAGGACGCAGAAGUGCGUUACGUUGAGCAGGACAGAGACGGAGUAUGUCUCCCUUGCGGAUGUGAUGAAGGAAGUGUUGCUUCUGGAGCAGGUAUGGCGUUUCAUGUUGCCAGAAGUAGGUCUGCCGUGUAUUCCGGUGUUCGAGGAUAACCAGGGGGCUAUUCAGUUGGCGCAGAACCCGUUUAGCAACAGUGAUUCGAAGCACAUCGACAUAAGGCACCACUUUAUCAGGGAACUGGUAGGCAGGAAGGGGAUUUCGAUUUUUCACGUGGUAUCAGCGUAUCAACAUGCUGACUUCCUCACGAAGGCACUUCACGUCGGAGAUUUUGAGUUUGUCGUAAUUUCGUGACGAGUGUGGGGCAGGAACGGUAGAUUUCGAUUCAUUUGUGUUUGAUCAAAGAACGAGGGUGGCAUUGUUUUUCAUUUUUGCCUAUGGUCUUCUCAAUGAAUGGUGCUCUAGGAUGGGGGGCAAUUGGAUCGCUAUGAUUAUCGAAGAACUACAACUGGAAUGAUCGGGGAUGGAAAUAUAUUUCUAGCCCAGAAGGCUAUUGCUGCAGAUUUGAGUUGUGUUUUGGAUUAUUUUCUUGUGUUUUGGAGUUACUGAAAGAUCAUGAAGACAUGGCAUAGUCACAAGCAGGGGGGCUGAUAG